UAUUAUGUUUGGGGCUUUGGUUACAUUGAAGGGUCAUUCUUUUGUACAUAUUCUUCUUGGAAUGUUUGAAAAGCUGCAUGGAAUCGUGCAGUAGUAUUCACAAUAAAGUUAUGUUGAAGCUCAAGAAAAAGAAUCCCCUUUCUGUAAGUAAAUGACCCCAAAGACUGUAGUUUGUUGUCAUUUCCAUAGUCUUGUUGCUUAUGUUCUAGAUGACAGAAACACAAUUUAGUUAGUGCAGUCCUUAAUGUCAAACAAAUUGAAUUCUGAGCUGGUGGUAUAGAAGUUCUUCUCAUAGGUUUUAUAUUAGAUAUCUGCACUGCAGUUAACAUGAAGAAGAACAAGGUCCAAGAAUGGGACAAUGAAUUGUUGAAUGAUGAUUCUUUCAACAUACCUAGAGGUAUUCCUGAAACUCUUUCUUCACAACCACCUUCAGACAUGGGACUUUACUACUUGCGGGGCUUAGAGGGAGUCUCAACCAAGCUGAAUCUUAGAACUGCUAGUAUAGCUAGCAUCACAUGUAGCUAUACAGGAUCAACUUCUGCCUUCAGUACAACUGAACAAUGCAUGUGUAUACCACAAACACACAGUCACAGCGAUAGCUCAUCUCCAUGCUCUCAAUUUCUGAAGAACCAUAAUUUAGUUGUCCCAUCAUGUCAACCAUAUUCUAACAAUUGGUCACAAGAUCCGGACAAUCUGGAUCUACAAUCAUCAGAUUAUCUGGAAUCAUUGAUGAAAAUUCCCAUCCAGAACAAUCAAAGUCUCAAAAGUGAUCUCUUUGAACUUCUACAGAAGUCAGCCGAACUAGAUAGCAGCCUGAAAUGGAGGCCAAACAAUAUAAGUUUUGAGGGAAACCAGUGCAACAAAGUUGGCUGUAAUCCUUGCCGUUCUCAACUACCAAAACCAAUCUCCAUGACAGUGGCGGCGCCACACAGAGGUCAGGGUGGUCCCAGGACCACCCUGACCUGA